AUGACUGGCAUCUCUAUCCUCAAUCAUGCGGCUAAUAAAUUUUUCCUCGAUGUCCUAGAGAAAUUAUUCAACGACAGGCAGAAAGGCAAUAAAUCGAAGUACAACGACUUCUUCCAAAUACUACUGAGCUCGUUCCGAGAGAGUAGCAGCAAUAGAGAAAAGGAUAGCGAAAUUGAGUUCGAUCUUGGCAGUAGUACCAAGAGUCUCAGCAAAGGCGACAUCCUUGGGCAGGCGUUCAUGUUUGUUCUAGCUGGAUUUGAGACCACUCCGGCUGCACUUCACCUCACUAUUUACAUGCUUGCUGCCCAUGAGGCUUACCAAAAACGUUGCAGAGAGGAGAUUGAACAUAUAUGUGGAACAGAGAGCGAUAUCACCUACGCAAUGUUGAGCGAGAUGAAAUAUGUGGAUCAGUGCAUAUCUGAAACAUUACGUAUGUACCCACCAGUUGUU